GUGUGGCUCUGAGCAUGCUCAGUGAGUGACUUCCUCCGUGUUUGAGAGGAGCGCUCCAGUGUCUCAGUCACUCUGAGCCGCUGAAGAGGAGGAACUGCUCUGUCUGGAACACCUGGAUCUGCUCUUUAAAGGAUUAUUCAGACACAUGUGGUUUUGUUUUUUCAGCACCGAGCCUGAUGUUUGACCUCGUCUGCCUUCUGGGAAAUAAAAGCCUUGGAUUUUUUUCAUGUCUUUGAAUAAUUUCACCUCUCUGUGUGAGCAGCCCACGCAGCAGAGGGGAUUUCUGUAACUUUGAACUUGUGCAAUCGUCUGCUCCGUUUGAGGCCGAUCUGAUAAAGGGUUUCUGUGAAGAGGAGGAAGAAGAGGAGGAGGAGGACGAGCUCUUAAAUCUGCUGCGUUUCUGUCUGAGCCACAGGUUGUCUGUGUGUGUUUAGACAGUUUGUCUUUCUGUCACACAUUAACUACACAGGGCCAUAGACUCUAUCAUGGGCUCUGAGAAGGACUCGGACUCCCCCCACUCCUCUGUGAGCGGGGUCCCUAACCCCAAAUGUAAACGUCAGGGCAGGAUCUCCUUCCACAGCCUGUUCCACAGUAAACGCUCCCGGGGACGUGCUUCUAAAGGGGCCCCGGCGGCCCCUGUGUCCCAGCCUCACAGCCAGCCUCUGCUGCCCUCUGCUCUGCCCUCAGGCCUCACCUCUCCACAGGACCCCCCCUCUGUCGCUCCUCCCUCUGUCUCUCCCCCCUCAGGGCUCCAGGACCCUGCUGCGCCCCUGUCCUGUAGCCGGGCGUCCCUGUCGGAGCCCGGGCUGCUGGAGUGCCCCCUGUGCCUGGUGCGCCAGCCCCCGGAGCAGCUGCCCGAGCUGGUGGGCUGUAGUCACCGCUCGUGCCUGUGCUGUCUGCGUCAGUACCUGCGCAUCGAGAUCACAGAGAGCAGAGUCCAGCUGAGCUGCCCCGAGUGCUCCGAGCGCCUGGUCCCUCGACAGGUGGCAGACAUCUUGGACGACCCCGUCCUUCUGGAGAAAUAUGAGGAGUUUCUGCUCAGGAGGUGUUUGGCCUCUGAUCCCGACUGUCGCUGGUGCCCGGCUCCAGACUGUGGGUUUGCGGUGAUCGCGUCCGGGUGUGCGAGCUGUCCGAGGCUCGUGUGCCGCAGAGAGGGCUGCGGAGCCGAGUUCUGUUACCACUGUAAACAGGCCUGGCACCCAAACCAGACCUGUGACUCCGCCCGCCAGCAGAGGGCGCAGUCUCUUCACACGCACAGCAACCACUCCCCCAGCUACACCCAGGAACAGGGGCCCGCUGAUGACAUCAAGCCGUGCCCUCGCUGCGGCGCCUACAUCAUCAAAAUGAAUGACGGCAGCUGUAAUCACAUGACCUGCGCCGUCUGCGGCUGUGAGUUCUGCUGGCUCUGUAUGAAGGAGAUCUCUGACCUGCACUACCUCAGUCCGUCCGGGUGCACGUUUUGGGGGAAGAAGCCUUGGAGCAGGAAGAAGAAGAUCCUGUGGCAGUUGGGAACCCUGAUCGGCGCUCCGGUCGGGAUCACGCUCAUCGCCGGGAUCGCCGUUCCCGCCAUGGUCAUCGGCAUCCCCGUUUACGUGGGGAGAAAGAUCCACGCUCAUUACGAACUGAAGAAAUCGUCCCGUCACCGCAGAAACCUGGCGAUCACAGGAGGCGUGGCCCUGUCCAUCAUCACAGCCCCGGUCAUCGCCGCCGUCAGUGUGGGAAUUGGGGUCCCGAUCAUGUUGGCGUAUGUGUACGGGGUGGUGCCCAUCUCCCUGUGCCGAGGCGGGGGCUGUGGGGUGAGCCGAGGGAAGGGGCGGGGCGUCCGGAUCGACUUUGACGAAGACGACGGACCAAUCACAGUGGCAGAUGCGUGGAGGGCCCUGAAGUCUCCCAGUCUGGGCGAGAGCAGCCUGGACGGAGCAGUGAGCGGUCUGAGCACCACAAGCCCGAGCGAGGCCGUGUCCGUGGCCCCCGGAGCCCUCAGUGAGACGCCGCACUUCAACACGCUGGCAGGGGGCGCUCUCGGCACACGCACCGGCAAAUACAGCAGGCUGGAGGUCCAGGCCGGGGAGCUGAAGGAACAGCCCCAGAGGGAGACCGGGAGCCUGGGCGCUGGCAGCGACUGUGCCAGCACCAGGGGCAUGGCCGGGUCCAUCAUCUCCUCCUACACGCUGCCCGACAGGGAGUGCACAAACCUCGAGAUCCAGGUGGACAUCGAGACCAAACCGAGUCACUUGUGUCUAACCAGCGAAGAGGACCUGACCCCUCCGGCCGCCUCCUCCGCCCCUCAGACCUCCACACGCCCGCACCCGCCCUCCGCCCGGGACGAGCCCCAGGACUGCAGCUCUCGGCGGGGGGGAGCUCUGAGCCUGUCCCCCGGAGCCUCGCUCAGGGACGGGCUCAGAGACGUGACCCUGGCCCAACCCGAAAGCAUCCGGAGCGAUCUGGAAAUGUCAGACACGCAGUCGGACGAUAUCGCCGAACUGACCUCUGAUGACUGCGAUUCGCCCAAACCCAAAACCUGCCCCCCGUCCUGCCGCGCCACGCACCCCCCCACGGAAAGCCUUCAGCACUGUCCCGACAACGUGAUCCUGUACGUGUGAGGAGGCCGCACACGCAAAAACCCAUGUCUACAGAAAGAAAAAUUACCUGAAUUCCGUUAUAAGUUUUUACUAGUUUAAGUGAAUUUUGUUCAACUUAUGUGGCUUGUUUUGGAGUUUAUUUAAUUUCAGAAAGGCCAUUUAAUAGACAAAACUGAAACUACCUAUUUAAAUGAGGGACAAAAGGCUCUAUUCACGCUUACUGGAAGACGUUUGGAAACAUGCAGAUGGCGACUCCUCCGCUCAAUUUCAUUUCUCUCCAGCAACUAGGUCAGGAAUCAGAAUACACUAGAUGGUUUUGUAAGAACCCUGGAAGUGUGAGUUCAGGCACCAGCCAGUCAGCGAUGAGCCAUAUUUUCUGUGUUGGCAACGAUUCCCGAGAUCAAGGAUUUAAAGUUGGAACAAAGAGAAUGUUUGGUGAAUUUUGUCAAGGGGAAAAACGUUAUUGCCCUUCUUCCUCCGGGAUUUGGGAAAAGCUUAAUAUACCAAAUAGCAGCGAUUGGUUAAAUUAAAAAAAGUACCCGCCUACUGUCGAGCGAACGAAUCCUAAUGCUGCGAGGUCAGGUUUUUCACUUCGUAGAAACCGGCUGAUGAACCAGGCUAGACGACUUCCGGUGUAGUUCCUGACACUGGGCAUGUGAUAAAACCAUGGAUUCAGCAGCAGCGUCUCCACAACCUGCCAAAGCUUUUCAUUGAGGAUGUGACUCUAAUUGGAUCUUCGAUGUCACUUACAGGCAGCUGGUUGGAAUUGUUGAUCCGCUGAGCAUAACGGAAAGCUACAAUGACAUCUUUUUUAUUAAAUUAGACAAAUUAUAACACACAAAUUAAUAAGCAAUUUAUAAAAGGAAAAAAGAAAGAAUACAAUGACAUCUAGAUGAAGAAAACCGUCUCAGUUUUCCCAAAUUUUGAUGAGAAACUAUUGCCAACAGAGCCCAAAGAUAGUCGUCAUCCACUUGUUUCCAAACAUCUUCCGGUUCUGUGAGCGUGAAUAGAGCUCAAUAUAUUAAAAUCUGAAACAUCUACAUAAUAGUCCUAUUUCAAGUCAUUAAAGUGCGCAUGGCAGGUUUACUUUACUAAUGAUUUACUCUAAUUUUGACUUAAUUUGUUGGGAUAAUACCUGUUGUAAAUACAAAUGAUAUUUAACAUUUCAACAAAAUAAAGGUUUUUCUUGUA